AUGGACGGUGCCCCUGAUGGGAAUGGCAAUAUUGACAUUCGCGUCGAAGACAACAAUGGCGGCCACGAUCUCGUCGGCGACGACAACGGCAACCAACAAGAAGCUGCGCACGCAGCGCCUGUGCAGUUCUACCAACCGGACGAGGAUGUGGUUGCCAUGGUUAACUCUCUAGCCGCCUCCCCCGAGAUCACCCCUGAA